ACAAAGCUCCACCCCUCACCUGACUCACCUGAGACAAACCAGGAAACAGUUAGUUUUUCUUCUUCAGUGAAGAGACACGGACUGAAAAACAGACGAUCAGAUUCACCUUCAGACCAAACUAACAACUUCCUCUGAGUGAGUUCAGGUACAGGAGAGAAAAGUGGGAAACUCCAACACUGCUGCUUCAAGCUGCUGACGCUCCACACACUGAAUCUUCACUCAGAGACUAAAUGGCUUCCAGAUCAGAGGAGGAUCUCUGCUGUCCGGUCUGUCAGGAGGUCUUUAGAGAUCCUGUUCUUCUGUCAUGUAGCCACAGCUUCUGUAAAGACUGUCUGAAGAGCUGGUGGACAGAGAAACCAACACGAGAGUGUCCAGUUUGUAAGAGAAGAUCUUCAAAGGGUGAACCACCUUUAAACCUUGCAUUAAAGAACCUUUGUGAGGCCUUCUUGUUGGAGAGAGAUCAGAGAUCUUCAGAGGCUCUCUGCAGUCUGCACUCUGAGAGACUCAAACUCUUCUGUCUGGACCAUCAACAGCCGGUGUGUGUCGUCUGCAGAGAUUCAGAACAACACAGCGACCACAGAUUCAGACCCAUCGAUGAAGCUGCACGACAACACAAGAAGAACCUUCAGGAAACUCUGGAGCCCUUAAAGGAGAAGUUAAAGGUUUUUGAAGAAGUUAAAGUGAAGUUUGAUCAAACAGCAGAACACAUGAAGGUCCAGGCCCGACGCACAGAGAGGCAGAUUAAGGAUCAGUUUAAGAAGCUUCACCAGUUUCUAGAAGAGGAAGAGGAGGCCAGGAUGGCUGCACUGAGGGAGGAAGAGGAGCAGAAGAGUCAGAUGAUGGAGGAGAAGAUGGAGGCUCUGAGCAGAGAGAUAGCAGCUCUUUCAGACACCGUCAGAGCCACAGAGGACGAGCUGAGAGCUGAAGACGUCUCAUUCCUGCACAACUACAAGGCUGCAGUGCAAAGAGUCCAGCAGCGCCCCCUGCUGGAUGAUCCACAGCUGCCCUCAGGAGCUCUGAUAGACGAGGCCAAACACCUGGGCAACCUGACCUUCAACAUCUGGAGCAACAUGAAGGACAUGGUCUCCUACACUCCUGUGGUUCUGGAUCCAAACACUGCUGCUCCAAACCUGAUCCUGUCUGAAGAUCUGACCAGUGUGAGACGAGGAGAGAAACAGCAGCUUCCUGACAAUCCAGAGAGGUUUGAUCAUUAUUGCCGUGUUCUGGGCUCUGAAGGAUUUAACUCAGGGACUCACAGCUGGGAUGUCGAGGUUGGAGACAGUACAUACUGGACUCUGGGUGUGUUAGCAGAGUCUGUCCAGAGGAAAGGACUCAUACAGUCUGGAUUAUGGGUAAUGUGUUUAUAUAAAGGUAAAUACUCAGCACGAUCAUCAUCAGAUCCACUCACUGCUCUCCAAGUCCAGAAGAAGCUCCAGAGGAUCAGAGUGAAUCUGGACAUGAACAGAGGAAAACUGUCGUUCUCUGAUCCUGAUACAAACACACACAUACACACCUUCACACACACUUUCACUGACAAGAUGUUUCCAUACAUUUACACUAAUGAUGAACUGAAGAUAUUACCAAAUAAAGUCAGAGUGACAGUGGAACAGAGCAGUUAGAGACAAAGAGGAUGAUUAUAUUUAUGUUUAUUAGCUGCUCCUGAUGUCUCAUUAUUCCAAAGAAGUUUAUUUUUCUUUCAGUUCUUGUUUUUUCUUGUUUUAAUUUUCUUUUUCUUGUUAUUUAGUUUGACAAAAAUCUUUUUGUUUCUAUCGUCGACCUUUUUAAUGUGUAAAAUGAUUUCACUUAGUUUCUGAUCUUUAUGUUUGGUUUGUCCAGACUUUUCUUUUUUAUCAAUACUCUGUCAUUUUAAAUUGUUGAUGUUUCAUUAUUUUGACUUGUGCGUGUGGAGCCAUGAUAUCUGUAUUCUGUGAUUUUAAAUAUUUGCACCAUUCUUAGAGACGAUGAGAUUAUCAUAAUCAAUAUUUUUUGUCUCUGUUGAACAACAUGAAUUUAGUUUCAUCUGCAUAAAGAACUUGUUUAUGGUUAUUGAAUACAACUUGUAAUUCAGCAAAGCAGUGCUUAAAGAAUUGAACAGAAUAAUGUUUAACAUCCACAUAUCAGUACAAAAUGGUGUCAUCAGCAUAAAGAUGUAUAUGACACCAACUUUGAGAAGAGACUGUAUCAUCUGGGCUUAUGUAAAGAGUAAACAGAACAGGCCCCAGUAUUGAGCCUUGUGGGACGCCUUCUACAAUCUGAACAGAUUCAGAUGAUUCAUUUAAGAUUUCCAGUAGCCACAUACUGCUCUCUGUCCAUGAGUUUUAUUUUAUGAAAUCAUUGAUGAACAAGUUCAUCAAGUCCAAAGUCUUUUUAAAAACAGUGCACGAUAAACUGUAUCGAAUGUCUUUGAAAAACGCAGAGGA